AUGAUCCGCAGCCGGCUGCAGGUCUCCUGUGUUCCUGUAGGAGGCAGUGCAGCGGAGCUUCUGUCCAUGGUGCUGAAGAUUCGGCUGGCACUGUCCGGGGUGCUGAACAGCUCAGGGGUGUUGGUGCUGCACCUCAUCACUUAUGAAUCUUGCUCAUGUUCCUCUGAUAUUCAGAUGAGCCAAGACAUUACAGAGACACGAACACGAACCCGCUCCAAAGGCAUACGGGUGUCGUCAGAACUUGUGGGACAAGAAAUGAAGCAGGAGUUCAGUAGCAGCUGUCCCACCCCUGGAUGUGACGGCAAAGGCCAUGUUAGUGGAAGAUACUCACGACAUAGAAGUGUACUGGGAUGUCCCAUUGUGAAAAAAAGGAAGCUAGAGGAGGCUGAGGCUGAGGAGAACCAGUCUGCUCCCAAGAGAAGGAACCAGUCUGCCAAACAGGCAGCAGAUGAUGGCUUCAAUGCAGACAGUGAUGCAGCAGAUGAGGAGGAGGAGCAGAAAGAAGAGGAAGAAGAGGAAGAGGAAGAAGAUGAGGAAGAGGAAGACCUCAAAGAAAAGAAAAAAAACAAAACAAAAAGCAGGCCAGAGUCCAUACAAAACUGCUCACUGGUGACAACAGAGGACACAGAAACAGCAGUUUGUCCCCGAGCUGAAGAUGAUAAGAAUGAAAGUGUCACCUCAGAGACUUGGAACGAAAUUGAAAGUGAGAAAACUAGUGACGAAGAGAAGCCAGUAACACCGACUGAUGAUCAUCAACAGGAGGAAACAGAGACAAAGGAGGAGGAGGUUCAGCCGAUAACAAAGGAUCAGCCAUCAGAGCAACCUGAAGAAGAAAUGGGUGUUACUGAGCUUCAACAGACAAAAGAAGAAGAGGAAGAAGAGGCAGAAGAAGAAAAAGAAGAAGAGCAGCAAGAAAGGCAAGAGAAUAUUGUAGAGGAGAGGGGUGUAAAAAGACAGAUGAUAAGCCAGGAAAACUCUGAUCACCAGUACUCUAGUGGCGAUUACAACCAUCAGGCCAAAGAAUCAACAGAGGAGCAGAGUAAAAGGGAGGAACAAGAUGAGGAGGAGGCGGAGGAAGGAGUGGAAGAGGAAGAUGGGAAGGAAGAAGGGGAGGGAGAAGAGAGGGAUAUAAACCAAGAGGUUGAAACUACUUACACUUUGAGUCCACACACUCAGGGAUCCGAAGGAGAGGUGUCACUCAGGGAAGAAAAGGUCAGCACCCCUAUGACUGAGGAAGAGGAGGAGGAUGAAGAGCAGGAGGAGGAGAGAGAGGAAGAGGAGGAUGAGAGCCAGGGGAAGGAAGCAGGUGAGGUGGUGGAGGAGGAAGAGGAAGACCAAGACUCCAACAAAGCCUCUCCGACUACAGUGGUUAUAGAAGUUCACUCUGAAGAGGAUGAUGACGAGGAGGAGGAGGAGGAGGAAGAGGAGGAGGAAGAAGACGAGGAGGAAGAGGAGGAAGGAGAGGAGCAGGAUCGUGUCUCAGAAGGUUCAGGAAUCACAGAUGACUCAGACAACUGGGAUAUGACUCGAGGGAACCUGGGCCUGCUGGAGCAGGCCAUUGCCCUGAAGGCGGAAGAGGUGAAAGGGGGUCAGGAGGCCCGGAGCUCCCCAGAAUACCAACCAUACAGCACCUCCAGCAAGAGUUCUGAGCCUGCUACUGUAGUCCGCCGCACUGCUCACUACAGCAAAGAGAAGAAGGAAGUGAAGUGUCCUACCCCAGGGUGUGAUGGGACAGGUCAUGUGACUGGGUUGUACCCUCACCAUCGCAGUCUAUCUGGAUGUCCUCACAAAGACCGAAUCCCUCCGGAGAUCCUGGCCAUGCAUGAGAACGUCUUGAAGUGUCCAACUCCUGGCUGCACAGGCCAAGGUCAUGUCAACAGCAACCGCAACACACACCGCAGUCUGUCUGGCUGCCCCAUUGCAGCAGCAGCUAAACUGAACAAGAACCAGGACAAGCAGGUUCAUUUACAGGCUUCAACCAGUGAACCCUCUUCCAACUCUGACAGAGUGCUCAGGCCCAUGUGUUUUGUGAAACAGCUGGAGAUCCCUCAGUAUGGCAGCUACCGGCCUAACACAGUAACCACCACGCCUCGAGCUAACCUGGCCAAGGAGCUGGAGAAAUACUCCAAGGUGUCUUUUGACUAUGCAAGCUUUGAUGUCCAGGUGUUUGGAAAGCGUAUGCUCAUUCCAAAGACACCCAGCACCAGUGAAACAUCACCCAAAGCCUUCAAAUCUAAAUCAUUCCCUAAGGCCUCCUCCCCAAGUCACAGUGUGUCUGGAGGAUUUUCUAAGAGCGCCUCAUCCUCCACUGGUUAUGACUAUAGCCAAGAUGCAGAGGCAGCCCACAUGGCAGCAACAGCCAUUCUCAACCUCUCCACCCGCUGCUGGGAAAGACCGGAGACUCUCAGCACCAAGCCCAGGGAGCCGUGCACCAAGGAGUCUGACAUUGAAGUGGAUGAAAAUGGCACUUUGGACCUCAGUAUGAAGAAGACCAAGAGGGAGGGCAUGCAGUCUCCAGAGCCUUCUUCCUGCUCGUCUUCAUCCUCUCAACACAUCGGAGCCACCUUGUCUCAGGGCCACACUCAGACAGAGUGGGAGGGGCCACUGGACUUUACCAAAUCAAGUGGAGUCAAAGAGGAGGACCAUGAAGAGGUUGAGUAUACGGCUCCCUCAUACACCUCAUCUGAUUGUGAGGAAGAGAACCAGGAGAACCUGGAGGACAGGAAGUACCCUGGUGAGGUCACCACCACCAGCUUCAAGGUCAAGUUUCAGCCCAAAGAUAGCAAAAAAGAGGUUCUUGUAUGUCCCACCCCAGGCUGUGAUGGCAGUGGACACAUUACCGGCAACUACGCAUCACAUCGGAGUCUGUCAGGCUGUCCUCUUGCUGAUAAAUCACUUCGGACCCUCAUGGCUGCCCACACAGCUGAACUAAAGUGUCCAACUCCAGGUUGUGAUGGAUCAGGCCACAUCACUGGAAACUAUGCGUCACAUAGAAGUCUGUCUGGAUGCCCUAGAGCCAAGAAAAGUGGGGUCAAAUCAACCCCCACCAAGGAUGACAAGGAAGACUCAGAGCUUUUGAGGUGUCCAGUUCCUGGCUGUGACAGUCUGGGCCACAUCAGUGGGAAGUACGCCACUCACCGCAGUGCCUACGGUUGCCCACUGGCAGCACGCCGGCAGAAGGAAGGUCUUCUUAAUGGCACUCCCUUCUCCUGGAAGGCUUUCAAGACCGAAGGCCCGACCUGUCCGACGCCAGGCUGUGAUGGCUCUGGCCACGCUAAUGGCAGCUUCCUGACACACCGCAGUCUGUCAGGUUGUCCAAGAGCAUCAGCCAACAAGAAGAGAGCCAAGUUCCCUGGAGACGAGUAUAUUACUGCAAAGUUUAGAGCCAGUGACGUUCUGGAUAACGAUGAGGACAUCAAGCAGCUCAACAAGGAGAUCAACGAACUGAAUGAGUCCAACUCAGAAAUGGAGACUGAGAUGAUGAACCUGCACACUCAGAUCUCUUCAAUGGAGAAGAACCUUAAGAGCAUGGAGGAGGAGAAUAAACAGAUUGAGGAGAAGAAUGAUGCCUUGUUCCUGGAGCUAUCAGGCCUGAGUCAGGCCCUGAUCCGCAGCCUGGCCAACAUCCGCCUGCCCACCAUGGAGCCGCUGUCAGAGCAGAACUUGGAUAGCUAUGUGGAAACCCUGACACACAUGUUUACCAAUAAAGACUGCUACCAGAAUCCUGAGAACCGGGCUCUGCUCGAGUCCAUCAAUCAGGCUGUGAAGGGCAUCGAAGUGUGACGAACAGGAGAGGGACAGGACAGGGGGCGGGCCAUCACAGUGACAACACCACUCUUUCUUUCCAUACCCUUUAGAUACUGUAUGUAUUUAAUUCUUCUCAUUUUGAACUUUGUCAUCUGUUCUUUGCAUUUGUUUCCUGUUUGCAUGUUGCUUUACAAUAGUAUGAGUGAGAACAGAUUAGGGUUUGGAUGUGAAGUGUGUGGUAGCACACUUGAAUCAAACUGUUGAUGUAAGCAAGGGCAUCUCAAGGUAUACACAUAUAGGCACAAAGAGUACAGAACAAAAUCAGGAUUGCAGUAUACAGCCUGAGCUGAGCAGAUUCCGCUAGUUAGUGAACAUAUCCCAUUUCCACACAAUAAUGUUGAUAGUAGUCUAUAUGAGCAUAGUGAUGUUGCACCUCCAGGACUAGUUUGUAGAUUCAUUCUUACAAUUGCUGUGUAACUAUUUAAGUCCUUUGC